UAUUGUAUGUCUACUAAGAACCUUUACAUGCAAGAGUAUAUUGUUUCCAUACUUCCAUAGAGAUUUUCAGAAUUUUACAAAUCAAUAUAACUACUUUCAAUGGUUUGGAAUAACGCUAAUAAGUAGGCUAUAGUAUAAUAUUCAGUGUUCUGUUGGUAUGAGGUUGCAUGCGCUUCCUCUGCGGAUUGUGGGAAGGCUCGUACAUCCCGCCCCGGUAACGUGACAUCACCGUGCAGAAGAACUGCCUUGCGCUGCCGGAGUCCAAGAAAAACACACAACAGUUUCACACCGACGAGUGGCGGUUCACCUCUCUCCAUGCAAAUCAACCGGCCAUGACAAAAUGGGAGAUUAAUCGAAACAUUUAGCGCCUGAUGAUGCUUCCGAGCCCGGUUACAUCAACGCCGUUUUCUGUGAAGGAUAUACUGAAAUUGGAACAGCAAUCUCGCCAGUCUCGCCUUCAGUCUCUGCACCCAGCGCAAUACCACGCACAGCUUCACCCGGAACCGCAGGAGAGAUUUCAGACACCUUCAUCCAGUUUUCUCGGAGGUGGAGACAGCCCCGGCUUCUCAGACGGCGAGGACAAGAUGUCUUUUCUGAACUCUUUCUCCAUGCAGGAUAGCUUGGUAGAGAGCAGCCUUUCACCUCCCAUGUUCGUCCAUCCGGCACUGGGACACGUCGACACCAAACUUGAAGAUGAACUUGAGGACCAUGAAACAAAAAGCUGCUGUGCCAUCAUAAGGUCCCCGGAGUGUGGGGCUGACGCGCACUCGGACACAGAGCGAGCGCAGCGGCAGAGGACGCGACGCAAGCCGCGGGUUCUCUUCAGCCAGGCGCAGGUCUUCGAGCUGGAGAGGCGCUUCAAGCAGCAGCGCUAUUUGUCGGCUCCCGAGAGAGAACAUUUGGCUAGUACCCUGAAACUGACAUCGACGCAGGUCAAAAUUUGGUUUCAAAACCGUAGAUAUAAAUGCAAGCGACAGCGUCAAGACAAAACACUGGAAAUGGCAGGACACCACCAUCCGCCGCCACCCAGGAGAGUGGCCGUGCCCGUGCUGGUCCGGGAUGGCAAGCCGUGUUUAACGGGAUCACAGAGUUACAACGCCACGUACGCUGUGAACCCUGGUCCAUACAGUUAUAAUGGUUAUUCGUCUUACAAUAACGCCGCGUAUACAAACCCUUACAGCUGUACUUAUCCCAGCCUUCCGCCACUUCCAACCAACACAUCUACCAACGCAUUGAUGAGUAUGAGUCUGAACAACCUCGGAACAUAUUCCCAACCCCAGACAUCACAAGGGACGCCUGUGUCGGCCUGUCAAGGGACUUUGCAGGGUAUUCGUGCGUGGUAGAGACAUUACAACCCUUCUCACUGUACAUGAAGGACAGCUUGAUAAUAUUAAAAGACAGUUACCCAUGUUUAUAGGCCUAUAACUUUUAUCACUCAGAAGAUGCGCAGGGAUCCGCUGUAUAGUCUACCGUUUCAGUAUAUAAACUUAUGUGAAUUUCCUCCAGCAACCCUUCCAAGAUGGCUGAACGAACACAAAUAAAUUCUGCAAAUGAACAAAUUGAGACAAUUAUCUCAGGAUAAUGCCAAACAUCAGUUUUAUUUACCACAUAUGCAACGUGUGCUAGAUCACAUUUUUUGGACAUGCACCAUGACUAUUUGAUCUAACUUUAGACUGGCACCAUGGUAUUAAUACAUUUGCUUUCUUCGUUAUUGCACAUGGUGAUGAACAUUUAUACCUGAGACUGUUAUGGAAAGUGACAAUGGUGUGUUUUCAUGCAAACCUACCUUGCAGAAAUAAAAACAGUAAACUUUAUUUUAUAUUUUGCAACUUUGAAAUAUCAAUAAGAGUAUACACAUUUUUUUUCCAAAUGUAGACCCCUAAAACGGCUCUUUAAAAAAAAACAGUAAAUAUAAAUCGAUGAUAAAUCGGUUGGUGUGAAUCAUCUCACAUCAUAACAUUGUAUGAAUCAGGCCUGCUUAAUUAAUAUCGUGAGGUCUUCGAUGCCACGAUGUUCUUUUAAAGCAUAGGAUGAAUACGAAAUAAACUGUAUCGAAG